AUGGCGAAGACACCGAAAGUCAAGAAGAGAGAGAUCAGCGUACAUUCCCGCGCUGCCCGCCGCUCGUCUCCACCACCAAGAGACAUUGCAGGCAAAAAGGCACCUGCCGAGGAGAGCGACUACACGCCAUGGAUGCAUAAUGCUCAAAACGCUGGGAUCUCCAAGAAGGCCAAGCCAAAGAAGCUCACACACGCACAACGUCUACGCCAAGAACGAGCACAAGAGAAGGCCGAUGCGAUCGCGAGUAAGCUAGAGAAGAAGGUCGCAGACAGCAAGAAGAGCUCGAAGAACAUACAGUCAAGGGCGGCCGACUGGGAUGAGCUGAACGGCAAGCUGGAGGCUGUCGUAGAGGCGAAGAAGAAAGAGGGCAAGAAAGCAUCUGGCAAGGACGGUGCCGAUGUCAUGCUGCCGGAUCUGGAGCAACCUAUACCUAUCCGCAGUGCUGAGAUGUCUGGUGCUGAGGAAGAAGAGGUGAAGCCAGCGCCAGCGCCAGCACGGGCUGCGAAAGAGGGAGUUCCAGCGUGGGCAUCGAUGCACGCUGAGCCUGGGGAGUUUCUUGACGAUGUGCUAUGA